UAUUACUUUUAGUUUGUUCCAAUAAAAAAAAUAAAAAAAUCAUAUUACUUUUAAUUUUUUUUUCUUCUUUUUCUUGAUCAUGGCGAGAGUUUCUAUUUUAUUAUGUUUGGUUAUAUUGGUUACAUUAGGAUUUGUGGAAAGUUUGUCAUAUGCACACGACACGGAAGUGACAUCAAAAGAUGUGGAGAGUAGUCAGAAAGAGACUGAAGUUGUUCAUAAAAGUAAACAUGAAGAGAAAGGAGGAGAAAAGGUGAAUGAUGAUCACAAAUCCGGUUCUGAUGUUGAUAAAAAGGACAAAAAGAAAGAGCAUGAUGUGCAUAAAAAGGAUGAUCAUCAUGAAAAGAAAGAGCAUGAUGUGCAUAAAAAAGAUGAUGAACAUGAAAAGAAAGAGCAUGGUGUGCAUAAAAAGGGUGAUCACCAUGAAAAGAAAGAGCAUAAGGUGCAUAAAAAGGGUGAUCACGAGAAGGAUGGUGAUAAGAAGAAGAGCGCUCAUCAUCAUAAACAUGGUAGUGAGAACGAUGAUGAUGAGGAGGAUGAUGAAAAGAAGCAUAAGGAUAAAAAGAAGGGUGAACAUGAUGACGAUGAAGAUGAAUCUGAUACCGAUGAUGACACUGAUGAUGACACCGAUGAUGAUGAUGACGAUGACGAUGAUGAUAAAGAUGAGGUUGAUGCGGAUGAUAAUGAAAAAGAUAAUAUUGGAUUAUAUGAGCUCAAGAAGGGAAAUAUAACCAUCAAGCUCACAAACUGGGGUGCUUCAAUCAUGUCUCUUCAUUUCCCGGACAAAAAUGGAAAAACUGGUGAUAUUGUUCUUGGUUAUGAUAGCGUCAAAAGCUACAAGACCGACAAGGUCUAUUUUGGCGCAACCGUGGGACGAGUAGCGAAUAGAAUAGGAAAGGCCCAGUUCAAAUUGAAUGGUAAAGAGUACAAGACUACCGCCAACGAUGGCAAAAACACACUUCAUGGUGGAAAGAAAGGGUUUGGCGAUGUUGUGUGGGGAGUUAAAAAACAUAAGUAUGAUGGCAAGAAACCUCAUAUUGUAUUCACUUACACAAGUCCUGAUGGAGAUCAAGGGUUUCCCGGAGAAGUCAAUGUCACAGUGACUUAUAAGCUUGACAAAGAAAAUGAAUUGAGUGUGGUGAUGGAGGCAAAGCCUAAAGAUAAAGCAACUCCGAUAAACUUGGCUCAUCAUAGUUAUUGGAAUCUUGGUGGUCAUAACGCUGGAGACAUUUUGUCUGAAGAAAUACAGAUCCUCGGGUCAAGUUACACUCCUGUCGACAGUGAACUUAUUCCCACCGGAGAAAUAUCUCCGGUGAAAGGAACAUCGUACGAUUUUCUCCAACUCCGUCCUAUUAAAGAUAAUAUGAAGGAUCUCAAAACAGGAUAUGAUAUAAACUAUUGCUUAGAUGGUAAAGCUGAUAAGAUGAGGAAGAUCGUGGAACUCGUAGAUAAGAAAUCUGGGAGAAAAAUGGAGUUAUCCGGAAACCAACCCGGUUUGCAAUUCUAUACCGGUGGACUGUUAAAGGACAUCAAGGGAAAGAAUGGGACGACUUACCAAGCUUUCGCGGGACUAUGUCUAGAGACACAAGGUUAUCCAAACUCAGUAAAUAAUCCUAAGUUUCCUUCACAGAUUGUUGAACCAGGGAAAACAUACAAACACACCAUGCUCUUCAAGUUUUCUAUUGUUUCAUAGAGUGCCUUUGGAACUAUAAUCAAUAUUCACCUGACAAAAAAAUCAAUAUUCACAAAGAUGAAACUAGAUAGAUUGUAAGUCUAUAAUAGCUCUCGAUCUUUCAAAUUUCAUGGAACUAUAACGUGUAAUUAAUUCAUCUGUACAAAGUUUAUGCAUACAUUUGUAACACUAGUUUAUUUAUUUAUUUUCUUUUUGUUUUGGUAUGCAAAAUUC